UGAGGAAGAAGGAAGAAGAAAAUACUGUGAGAAAACUUGUACAGAGAUUUCAGAGUUCAUUGUGUCAAGUUCCGGUUCACUGCUACUAAAGAUGAAGAUGAAGAAUCUUCUUUUUGCAUUUCUUUUUGGAUUUCUUGCUACUGCUCACUCAACACCUCUCAACACUGUGACCCAGAUCCAAGCACAUCCUAAUGAGGACCUCAAAGAGGUUGAGAUGGAAGAGUUGAUCAUUGAUUAUGUUCGUCUCUCUUCACUGACAACUGAGUCACCCAAAAGAAAUACAACAGUUCACGCAUCUCAGCGGCCGUCAUUUGAUUCCCCACCUGAGGGGAGUGGUGAGACCUCAUGGCUCCCUGAGUCCAGUAGUGGAGAGUCUACAACUACAGCUCAGAGCAUCUUAAAGUCCACAUUUGAGGGGAGUGGUGAGACCUCAUGGCUCCCCGAGUCCAGUAGUGGAGACUCUACAACUACAACUCAGAGCAUCUUGGAGUCAACAUCUGAGGGGAGUGGUGAGACCUCAUGGCUCCCUGAGUCCAGUAGUGGAGACUCUACAACUACAACUCAGAGCAUCUUGGAGUCAACAUCUGAGGGGAGUGGUGAGACCUCAUGGCUCCCCGAGUCCAGUAGUGGAGACUCUACAACUACAACUCAGAGCAUCUUGGAGUCAACAUCUGAGGGGAGUGGUGAGACCUCAUGGCUCCCUGAGUCCAGUAGUGGAGACUCUACAACUACAACUCAGAGCAUCUUGGAGUCCACAUCCGAGGAGAGUGGUACAACUACUGCUUCGAGUGUUGGGUCAGAUUCAUCCACCGUUCACAGCCUCCAAUCUGGCUUUUCUUCUUCAACAAUGGCAAACGAAGCUGGAACUGAAGUAGAUGUAAAUUAUGUCAACCGCUUAUAUUUGAAGAACGCAGGAGAAGAAGCUAUUGAGAAGACAUCAAAUCAAGGUUUACGUGGUGAAGUUUGGAAAGUGGGGAAUCCUGGAAAUCCUACAUCAAAUAAGGACAACAAAGACAAAACAGCUGAUUGGAUCAUCAUCCUUGGAUUUUUUGUUGGCCUUGCAGCACUUGUGCUACUCUGUGUGGCCAUUGCUACGAGGGACAAGUGGUAUGGGCCAAAACGGGUUUUCAAUGAUGAGACCACAAGUAAUGCCUCUAACCAGACGAGGGAGCUAGAGAAGCAGACGUUCCUGCAAAAAGAGGAGCCCAAGGUGAAUGGGAAGGAGGCAGAAUACACAGUUAUCCCUUUGGAUGAUCUUCCUGGGAAUUUUCCAUCAGACUAAAUGGAUCCUCUGGGGAAUCAGAAAAGUAUGAGACUUGAAGAAGAAGAAUUUGAUCAGAAGCACAAAACUAUACAGACUGUUGAGAAGAAUGCUGACUGUUGUUUGACAAAGAAUCAUGGUAUAUUUUUUUAUUGGUUACAUUCAAAAUUCAAAGACCCUUCAUCUAAAGUUACAAUAUUUAUUGCAAAUUAAAAUAAAAAGUUGAAAAUUUGAAAAUUUGUUAUAUAUAUAUAUAUAUAUAUAUAUAUAUAUAUAUGUGUGUGUGUGUGUGUGUGUGUGUGUGUGUGUAGUACUCUAUUUAAAGAAAGAGAGAGAGAGAGUCUUUUUUUUCUUCUUGAUUGAAAUAUAUGUUCAGUCUGGUCAAAAUGUAUAUUUUAGGUGUAUUUUAUUAUGAUUUUAUUAUGUCUUUGUGAAAUUCUUAUUUUUUAAUGUAACUUAUUUGAAGCUGCCUUGCUUUUUUUUUUUUUUCAUUUCACUGGCUUCUCAUGGAAACCCAGCCUGCUAACUCAAUAUCUCCUCUUGACACCCACAUGGCAUUUCAAAUGUUGUAAAAUCCACUUAUUGAGCACUCAUAUGCUUCACUGCAUCCCACGUUCUACUAGAAAUAAACACAAUGGCGGCUCAUCAAUAAACAUUUAUUUGUUUUCAUUUAAUAUUUACACACAAGUAUUAAAACAUUGACACACUUUGAGUCCAUUUUCUGGACAAAUAGUUUUUUGUUUGUGAUGAUUUAUUAAGUACAAGUCUUUUCAAUUCUUCUUGCAUUUAAUCAGUCAGCGUCAACACAGUUCUGCAUCACAGGAAUGUCAGAUGCAAGAAAAAAAAAACAAAACAAAACAAGAAAAACCCAUAAUUCCCAGAUAGGUGCAUAGAAUCAAAACCAAAGAUAAAAAUUAAGCAUACACUUUAACUAAAAUUUCACAUAUUCAUAGAAAACACUUACUAAACAAAGUCAGUUUACUAAAAACAUAUUCUAUUAGAAGACAUGAAACCGAUGGAGAAGUGAUGUAAUAGAUUAACAUAUAAUGGGACUGACUCUGUAUCAAGGUAGCAAAACCAAACACUAAGGGGCUUGUCAAGUUCUCCUGUAUGGACAUACUGUAGCUGCCAACACCAAAAUUCUCACCAAUGAUAAACCACCGUCAUGGGUUCAAAACCUUUAGGUUACCAUAUCUGCAAAGGGUUGGUCAAAAUAUUAACUUUAAAGAUAGAUAAAACUGUGAAGCAUUGUGAUUUGUUCUUAUCAAAUCACCAAGAAACAGGUAAAAAAAAAAAAAAAACAUAUUUUCCAUAAGUUCAUUAUUUAUUGAAA